AUGACAGAUACUGAUACACAUGAGGAUAGCAAAUCGUGUGAGGAGUACCAGUCCCAAUCGACGGGUAUCCACAAACUGAUUCCGCCGUUCGUUCGUGAUAUGUGUUUGAAUCCGAUGAGUGUUGCGUUGAGAGUCGCUUAUGAUGCGCCAACACAACAAUCAACAUACACCUACUCGAUUACCUGGGAGGACGAGUUGGAUCCGGAGGAAAAGUAUAUGGAGAUGAUGGAGAAGUUGGAGAAGGUUCGGUCGGCUACCAAGGGAGUCAAGGCUGAUCUUCUUCCCACUCCUUCCGAUGAUAUCGCCUCUCAUCAUGGCCUUACUCCAGUGUCUGCAAUUUGCGAUGGACCUUGCAAGAAGUCGUUCCCAUCGAACCUUCUUUUGACACUCGGCCGCUGCGGGCACUAUUUGUGUGCCGCCUGCUAUGGAAUCGUCAAAAAUUCUGAUGGAACCAGUGGAUGCAGUGCGGCCCACUGCAAUUGGAAAGGCGAGACUCGGAAGGAGUCAAAAAAGAAUUUUGAGAAGGAGAUUUGCCAAAAACAACGCAUCCGUGCGCGCGAGAUGAAAUCGCUCGGAAUCGAUGUCAAAUCGGCAUCCGCCGCAUCCAGUAAAUCCAAUUCUAAGAAUUCGUCUCCAGCCACUUCCACUAUUUCCAAUGUUUCCAAAAUCCCAAUUUUAUCUGAAACGGAUUGCUCCAUUUUGCUCUCCUCCCCAAUUUCUUCGUCAUCUUCUAAAAAAUUCAGAUUCCAUUUGAUCUACCCAUCGGAGCAGGAGAUCAUUGGAGUGAAGCUCUUCAUUCUGGACCAAAUGCCAAUCAAUGGGCGUCCACAGUAUGGCACCGUCGCCGAGUUGGAAUUCUUGUCCCAUCGAUCCGUGAAGCAUGUGGUGACCUCGUUGAUCAUCCAGAAGCUCAAAUCGUUGCCAGCUGCUCAUGAUGGGGUACUGUACCACGUGGAAUUGCAGGCAGAUACGAAGCGUAGACUUCUUCGCGUCCGCACCAAGGAAUAUCAUUCCAGAGUGUUGUGUGAAUUUUCGCAAAUCGCGGAACACAUCAUUUUCGUUCUGGAUUUCGGGAGAUUUGUCAAGGAUGGACAGGAGGUCAAUAUUGGAUGA